AUGGUUGAUUUCCUUAGUAUUACCAUGGACUCUUCGCUAGCUGUGGCUUCAGAGUUUGUCAGUCUUGUCGCUAGAGACGAAGACGCAUGUGUUAGUACCAACGACUAUAAUGGAAGCUACAUGGGUGCCAGGAUAUCGUCCGUCUUUGUUAUCUUGAUCACUUCUGCAUUUGGAUCCUUCUUCCCUAUUUUAUCUUCUAGAUACUCUUUUAUAAGACUUCCACAGGUCUGCUUUUUUCUUGCUAAGUACUUUGGCUCUGGUGUCAUUGUGGCCACAGCUUUCAUUCAUUUACUAGAACCUGCGUCAGACAACUUGAGUUCUGAGUGUCUUGGAGGUGUCUUUUUAGAAUAUCCAUUGGCUUUCGGUAUUUGCUUGAUUAUGCUUUUUGUUAUGUUCUUUGCUGAGUUGCUGGCGUACAAAUGGAUGGAAACUAGAGGUAUGGAAGAUGAUGGCAGUUCCAAUUCUCAUUCUCACUCACAUUUUGGUGAUGAAUCUAUGUUUGUGAGGCCUGCGGCAAGUGACGAGAAGUUAAAUACAGAUCUGGCAGCAAAUCCUGCAGAACAGGAAGGUCUCGCCAGAGGUCAGCAGUGGGAUGCCGAUCAUUACGGUCACGAACGCAUUCAUCAAGAUCCUGAAGUCAUUGGCACUGAGAUCGAUAACAAGGCUAAAGAACGUUACACCGCCAACUUGCUCAAUGUGUUUGUGUUAGAAUUUGGUAUCAUAUUCCAUUCUGUAUUCAUUGGUUUGACUCUUGCCUGCUCUGGUGACGAGUUUGUCUCUCUAUACAUUGUUUUGGUUUUCCAUCAAACUUUUGAGGGUCUUGGUUUGGGUACCAGAAUUGCCUUAGUUGAAUGGCCUAAAACGAGGCGUUGGACGCCUUGGAUUUUGGCUUUGGCCUAUGCAUUUACCACUCCUAUUUCAAUUGCCAUUGGACUAGGUGUCAGAAAUAGUUACCCACCGUAUUCGAGAACGGCUUUGAUAGUCAACGGUGUUUUUGAUUCUAUUUCUGCGGGCAUUUUAAUCUAUACAGGCUUGAUUGAAUUAAUGGCUCACGAAUUUUUAUUCAGUGAUGAAUUCAACGGAAAGGGAGGAUUCAAAAAGAUGCUUUGGGCAUUUUUUGUUAUGUGUAUCGGCGCUGGCUUGAUGGCUUUGCUUGGAAGGUGGGCUUAA